GUGUGUGUGCGCAGGGUUGACUCUGGCCGGCUGUGUGUGAGGGAGGCUGAGCGCUGAAGAUGCGCUGGACGGCGAGAGGCGCUGCUGUAAACCCGCUCGCGCUGAACCGACCGCUCCUCCUCCGCCUCACUCCCGCCAACUCCGCGCGCUCUCCUCCUUCCUCCUCCUCCUCUUCUCCUCCUCCUCCUUCUCUUCCUCUUUCUCCUCUCCUCCUUCGCUUUUAGUUCUUCUUUAAACCCCUUUUUUCCUCUCCUUUCCCCGCCGCGCUCUUCCAGCUUCCAUGACGCCUUCCCGCGCGCUCCUCUCCAUCCCCCCUUUUUUACAUUCCGUUUCGUUUCUUUUGCAGUUUUUAAUUUUUGCCAAACAGUUUCAUUUUGUUCGUUUUUCGCGUUUUUUUGCGUUUAGCGUGAAGGAGGAGUCGCGGUGUUGAGCGCGGUUUGAACUGGAACAAUCAUAAAAAAGAAAAAGAAAGAAAAAAACACACAACUGAAAAGAGAAGAAGAAAAAGAAAAAAAGCGCAAAAAACGUGAAAAAACGGAGGGAAAAACGCAUCGAGGAGGAUUGAGGAGCGCUGAGGAGGAGGAGGAGGUUUGAGGAGCGCUGCUCAGGGGAUUGAACGGAGCGGGGCAUGUGGAUAUUUGCAUUUCUGUUUCUCCAGAGCAUCCUGAAUGUUUUCGGUGAAGAUCUACGUUCCAGCUUAUAUUUUGUCAAUGCAUCUCUGCAAGAGGUAGUGUUCUCCAGCACCACAGGGGCACUGGUGCCGUGUCCAGCAGCGGCCGUGCCCCCCGCCACGCUACGCUGGUACCUGGCCACCGGGGAGGAGAUCUAUGAUGUGCCAGGCAUCCGGCAUGUGCAUCCCAAUGGCACACUGCAAAUCUACGGCUUCCUCCCCUCCAGCUUUAGUAACCUAAUCAAUGACAAUACCUACUAUUGCACAGCCGAGAAUCCAUCAGGGAAGAUUAGGAGCCAAGACUUACACAUUAAGGCCGUAUUUCGGGAACCGUACACGGUCAGAGUGGCGGACCAAAGAGUCAUGAGAGGCAAUACAGCGGUCUUCAAGUGCAUUAUCCCGGCCUCAGUAGAGGAGUAUGUCACUGUCGUAUCGUGGGAGAAAGACACUGUCUCACUUGUCUCAGGAUCAAGAUAUCUCAUUACAUCCACAGGGGCCUUGUAUAUUCUGGAUGUGCAGUCAGAGGAUGCGGUGAAUAUCUACCGGUGCACCACACGCCAUCGCUACACAGGAGAGACCAGACAAAGCAACAGCGCCCGACUUCUUUUAUCAGAACCUGUCGAUUCUGCACCAGUAAUUCUGGAUGGAUUUGAGCAGAAGGAGGUUAUGGUGGGUCGUCGGGUGGAGCUGCCCUGUAAAGCGUCCGGUCACCCGCCGCCUCGGUAUCGAUGGCUGAAGGACAACAGCCCGCUGGAGUCAGACAGUCGCUUCCACCAAAGCGUCUCUGGGCUUCUGAUCGAGGCCACGAGACCCAGUGAUGGAGGAAACUACGUGUGUGAAGUGUGGAAUAGCUUUGGCAAUGCUAAAGUGGUGGGAAGAUUGCAAGUCAAACAGCCAUUAAAGGCGGUUGUUAGCCCUCGCAAGGUUCGGGGCAGCGUGGGCAGUCAGGUGUCUCUCUUCUGCAGCGUCACUGGCUCUGAUGAAUAUGACAUCACCUGGUACAGAAAUGGUGAGAGAAUCCAGCAUGGCCCCAGUGUGCGCAUCACCGGCAUUAACCACGAAAACCUGGUGAUGGAGGGCAUGGCUAAGAGUGACGGAGGAGCCUACCAGUGCUUUGCUCGCAACGGAAAGAUGUCCACCCAGGACUUUGUGCAGGUCAUCUUGGAGGACGGCACACCAAAGAUCCUCUCAGCCUUCAGUGAAAAAGUGGUCAGUCCCAACGAACCCAUCUCGCUUGUCUGUCAUGUGAAAGGAACGCCCCUGCCCACCGUCACCUGGACGCUGGAUGACGACCCGGUCAUCAAGGACAGCCACCAUCGCAUGGACCGCGUCAUCACGGCCGAGAGUCACACGCUCAGCUACCUGAACGUCUCCCACACGCAGGUCACUGACGGCGGGGUGUACCGGUGCACGUGCAACAACUCCGCCGGAUCGGUCUCCUACCAGGCGCGAAUAAACGUAAGAGGUCCCGCCAGUAUCCGUCCAAUGAAAAACCUCACUGCCAUCGCCGGCCGGGACACAUUCAUUCACUGCCGCAUCAUUGGCUACCCUUACUAUUCCAUCAAGUGGUACAAAGAUUCAAAUUUGCUCCCGUUUAACCAUCGCCAGCGUGCCUUUGAAAACAACGGCACAUUGAAGCUGUACAAUGUGCAGAAUUCAGACGAGGGAGAGUACACCUGCUACGUUCUGGUGGAUCCUGAGAAGCAGAUCCAUAGAAGCGUCCACGUCACUGUGAAAGUGCCGCCUCUGAUCCAGCACUCCGACUCUCAGAGUGCAUCUAUAGGUCAGAGGGUCUUCAUCCCCUGUGUGGUGACCUCUGGUGACCUGCCCAUGUUCAUCACCUGGCACAAAGAUGGCAAACCCAUCAACGACAGUCUGGGGGUCACGAUCGACAAAAUCGACUUCACCAGCUCCCUGCGCAUCUCCAACCUCUCCGAAAUCCACAACGGCAGCUACACCUGCAUCGCCCGCAACGAGGCCGCCACCGUCGAGCACAGCAUCCAACUCAUCGUCAAAGUUCCGCCACAUUUUGAGGUGCAGCCUCGGGAUCAGGAUGGGAUCUAUGGGAAGUCAGUCAUCUUGAACUGCUCAGCUAAAGGAAACCCUAUUCCUACUAUUGUUUGGAAGCAUUCGAAAGGUGCCGGAGUUCCUCAGUUUCAGCCGAUUGCUCUGAACUCGGGCUCCCGGGUGCAGCUGCUGGAGAAAGGCUCUCUGCUGAUCAAACACGUACUGGAGGAAGACAGCGGCUACUACCUGUGCAAAGUCAGCAACGACGUGGGCGCCGACAUCAGCAAGAGCAUGUACCUCACUGUCAAAAUCCCUGCCAUGAUCACCUCCUACCCAAACACCACCCGUGCGGAACAGGGUCACAUGACGGAGAUGAGCUGUACGGCUCAUGGUGAGAAACCCAUCAAGGUGCGCUGGGAGAAGGAGUCCCACAUCAUCAACCCCGACAUGAGCCGCUAUGUUGUCAACGUCAAGGAAGUGGCUGAUGAGGUCAUUUCCACUCUACAGAUUCUGCACACAGUCAGAGAGGAUUCUGGGUUUUUCUCCUGCAUCGCCAUUAACUCGUACGGUGAAGAUAAAGGAAUCAUUCAGUUAAUUGUACAAGAUCGGCCAGACCCUCCUGAAGUGGAAAUCAGAGAGGUGAAGGACAGGACCAUUGCUCUUCGCUGGACAAUGGGCUUUGAUGGCAACAGCCCCAUCACAGGAUAUGACAUCAACUAUAAGAACAAAUCAGCCCCCUGGGCCUCAUCCCAAACCACCAAAGACGUCUCACCCCAGCUCAACCAGGCCACCAUCAUCGAGCUGCACCCCGCCUCCACCUACAACAUCCGCAUGUUCGCCAAGAAUCAGAUCGGAGAGAGCAGACCCAGCAAUGAGCUUACCAUCACCACUGAUGAAGCCCCACCUGAUGGCGCUCCCCAGGAUGUGCAGCUUGAAUCGACGUCAUCACAGAGCAUCAAAGUCACCUGGAAGGCUCCACACAAACACCUUCAGAACGGUUUGAUCCGGAGCUAUCAGGUGUGCUAUCGUGAGUACGGCACUGGAGGCAGUCCUCAGUACAGCACCAUCAACCUGGAUACUACAGGAGACACAGAGACCAUCACUCUGGACAACCUGAAGAAGUACACGCAGUACGAGGUGCGAGUGCAGGCGGCAAACCGCGCUGGCAUGGGGCCAACGUCUGAGGAGGCCGUCAUCACCACUCUGGAGGACGUUCCAAGCCGACCACCUGAAAAUGUAGUGACCACAGCCACGACUCCAGAGACCAUCUCCCUGUCCUGGUCUGCUCUGCCUAAAGAAGCACUGAACGGAAUGCUGCUGGGAUACCGUGUCAUCUACUGGGCCAAUCUACUGGAUGGAGAGCUGGGUGAGAUCAAAAAUGUGACCACAGGAAAGCCCUCUCUUGAGCUGGAGAAUCUGGAGAAAUACACCAACUACAGCAUACAGGUUCUGGCCUUUACACGGGCGGGGGAUGGCGUGCGCAGUGAGCAGAUUUACACUCGCACCAAAGAGGAUGUUCCUGGACCUCCAGCUGGAGUGAAAGCAGCUGCUGCAUCUGCCUCUGUGGUGUUUGUGUCUUGGCUUCCCCCUCUCAAACUCAAUGGAAUCAUCCGGAAAUACACCGUCUUCUGCUCCAACCCUUACCCGACGGUAAUCAGUGAGUUUGAGGCUGCUCCUGAUGUGUAUUUCCGACGUGUUACCAAUCUGAACCAGAACUGGAAGUACAGUAUUUGGGUGGUUGCUGUGACUGCAGCCGGCCGUGGCAACGCCAGUGAGAUCAUCACCGUAGAACCUCAAGCCAAAGCUCCUGCUCGGAUUCUGACAUUCAGUGGAACAGUAACUACACCAUGGAUGAGGGACAUUGUCCUGCCCUGCAAAGCUGUGGGAGAUCCUCCUCCAGCCGUCAAGUGGCUAAAGGGAAAUAACGGUACACCUGCUCCAGUUUCUGUUGACAACCGCCGCAGCGUCCACACCAACGGCAGCUUCGUUAUUCGCACAGUGAAAGCAGAAGACUCCGGAUUCUACAGCUGUGUGGCCAGCAACAACUGGGGCUCAGAUGAAAUCAUGCUUAAUCUGCAGGUUCAGGUACCUCCAGACCAGCCACGCCUCACUGUUACCAAAACCACCACCACCUCCAUUACGCUGUCCUGGAUUCCUGGAGACAAUGGAGGAAGCUCCAUCAGGGGCUAUAUUCUCCAGUAUUCAGAGGACAACAGUGAGGAGUGGGGCAGCUUCCCCAUCAGCCCCAGUGAGCGAUCCUACCGCCUGGAGAACCUGAAAUGUGGUACCUGGUACAAAUUCACCUUAACUGCUCAGAACGCUGUGGGUCCUGGCCGCAUCAGUGAGAUCAUUGAAGCCAAAACCCAUGGAAAAGAACCACAAUUUGCCAAAGACCACGAGCUGUUCUCCACCAUCAACUCCACACGUGUAGAGCUCAAUCUGAUUGGUUGGAACAAUGGCGGCUGCCCAAUCAACUCCUUUACUCUGGAGUACCGGCCAGUGGACACCACAGUCUGGACCACAGUGUCGCGCGCUGCCCUCACCAAGAGCCACAUCCUCUACGACCUGCAGGAGGCGACGUGGUACGAGCUGCAGAUGAGGGUGGGCAACAGCGCAGGCCUGGCAGAGAAGAGGGUGCUGUUCGCAACGCUUAAUGUAGAUGGCAGCACAAUUGCCCCACUGCCAAAGAUAGUGGACCCCAGCCAGGAGAACAUGCAGGGCAACGAGGGUCUGAAAAUGAUGGUGACCAUCAUCUCCAUCCUGGUAGCCAUUGCCAUGGUCUUCAUUGUGCUGCUGGUUAUGAGGAGGAGGAGGAGGGAGCAGAGGCUAAAGAGAUUACGAGAUGCAAAAAGCCUGGCUGAGAUGCUGAUGAGUAAGAACACCCGUACUCCAGAUGCUGUGAACAAACAGCAGCAGACCCUCCGAAUGCACAUCGAUAUCCCACGAGCUCAGCUACUCAUCGAGGAGAGGGACACAAUGGAGACGAUCGAUGAUCGAUCCACAGUGCUGUUGACAGACAACGACUUUGGGGAGACUUCCAAGCAGAAGUCUUCAACAGUUACACACACAGUCCAUUACCAGUCCUUGUCCCAAGCCACAGGCCCAUUGGUGGAUGUCUCAGACGCUCGACCCGGUACAAACCCCACAGCUCGCCGUACAGCUAAAGCAGGGCCUGCCACACGUAGCCGCUACGCCAGCCAGUGGACCCUGAACAGACCCCACCCACCCAUGUCCUCACACACCCUCACCACGGACUGGAGGCUACCCACUCCUCGAGCCACUGGCUCUGUGGACAAGGAAAGCGACAGUUACAGUGUCAGUCCCUCUCAGGACACAGACCGUGCUCGGAGCAGCAUGGUGUCCACAGAGAGUGCUUCCUCCACGUACGAGGAACUGGCCCGCGCCUACGAACACGCCAAGAUGGAAGAGCAGCUGCGUCACGCCAAGUUCACCAUCACCGAGUGCUUCAUCUCCGACACGUCCUCCGAGCAGAUGACAGCUGGCACCAACGACUACACAGACAGCCUGACCUCCAGCACACCCUCUGAAUCUGGGAUCUGCAGAUUCACCGCCUCCCCACCCAAACCACAGGACGCCAGCCGGGUCAUGAAUAUGGCUGUGCCCAAAGCACACAGACCUGCUGGUGAACUGGUCCACCUUCCCCCUUACCUACGUAUGGACUUCCUGCUGAACCGAGGAGCUCACGGUUCGAGUCGUGAAGCCACAGGACAGACGUGUUUGGAGCCGCAGAGGAGUCGCGCAGCAAAACGGCCGGCAGUGCUGGCCCCCACCCCCUCCGAAGCACCUUCCACCGCCCCCUCCACCUCCUCCGGCCCUCCGAGCAGAGAAGCAGCCCAGCAGUGGCAGCCCGGGACAGCCUCCACACUGCCCCACCGCGAGCCUGGAGACCUGGCCCAGGCUGCCAAACUCAGCAGCUCACAGGAAUCACUGUUAGACUCCAGAGGACACCUGAAACAGAGCAACAACCCGUACGCAAAGUCCUACACACUCGUAUAACACAGGACCACAACACUGGACCACUGGGCACAGCUCUGCACACAAACAAACCUGCACACACACAUAUACACACACAAAUACAUACAACCACACACAGAUGCACA